GCACCCGAGGGCCCGCCCGCCUGCCGCAGCCCGCAGCCUGCCGCCGCCAGGUUGUACCUCAGACUGUCAGAUAAAGCGGCGGGCCGGGCCGGCGGGGCGGUGAGCACGGCCCGGGCCGGACAUGGCGGCGCUCUACGCCUGCACCAAGUGCCACCAGCGCUUCCCCUUCGAGGCGCUGUCUCAGGGGCAGCAGCUGUGCAAGGAAUGUCGGAUUGCACACCCUGUUGUGAAGUGCACCUACUGUAGGACUGAGUACCAGCAGGAGAGUAAAACCAAUACUAUAUGCAAGAAAUGUGCUCAGAAUGUGCAGUUGUAUGGAACGCCCAAACCUUGUCAGUAUUGCAACAUAAUUGCAGCAUUUAUUGGCAACAAAUGCCAGCGUUGCACAAAUUCAGAGAAGAAGUAUGGACCACCAUAUUCUUGUGAACAGUGCAAACAGCAGUGUGCAUUUGACAGGAAAGAUGAUAGAAAGAAGGUAGAUGGGAAAUUGCUGUGCUGGCUGUGUACACUUUCAUAUAAACGGGUCCUUCAGAAGACCAAAGAGCAGAGGAAGCACCUGAGCAGCUCUUCCCGUACAAGCCACCAGGAGAAGGAGCAGUACAGUCGACUGAGUGGUGGCCAUUAUAACAGUCAGAAAACACUUUCUACGUCUUCAAUUCAAAAUGAAAUCCCAAAGAAAAAAUCCAAGUUUGAGUCAAUAACAACCAAUGGAGACAGCUUUUCCCCAGACCUGGCCCUGGACUCACCAGGUACUGACCACUUUGUCAUCAUUGCCCAACUGAAAGAAGAAGUAGCCACUCUGAAGAAGAUGCUGCAUCAAAAGGAUCAAAUGAUUUUAGAGAAAGAGAAGAAGAUCACAGAGUUGAAGGCUGAUUUUCAAUACCAAGAAUCUCAGAUGAGAGCAAAAAUGAACCAGAUGGAGAAAACCCACAAAGAAGUCACAGAACAAUUGCAGGCCAAAAACCGAGAGCUCCUGAAGCAGGCAGCUGCCUUGUCGAAGAGCAAGAAGUCAGAGAAGUCAGGAGCUAUAACCUCUCCAUGAGAGACCACAAGGAGGCUCCCGGCAGCAGCACGUGGAUUCCUGGGUUAGGGUGGCAAUCUGGCUAUUCUUUGGGAAUUGCAAGCUUUCUUAAGAAAUCUCUAUUUUAUUACAGUUAUCCUCCUUUGUGUGAUUGCAGUGGGCUGAAUGGAAACACCUGGUUUGUGCUGUGUUAGGACUGCAUGCUUGAAUGUUUGGGGUUUCAAGCUCUCUCUCUCUCUUACUCUCUCACACUCUCACUCCCUUUCCUCUCUCUGAACCUUUCUCUUAGUACUACUGUCUCUGUCUGUCUCUCUCUUUUGGUACUUUUUUUUUUUUUUUUUUGUGGUGGUCACUGCUCAGUGUUAUGUGCAGAAUAAUUUUUUUGUGUGUCCAUCAUUGCAUCCUGCCAUACCUGUGAGCAAAUAGUUUGGCAUUAGUUAUGUAUCACUGCCACCCUCUGAACUUCGAAAACUGCCACCUUAAGACUGGGUACAAUGGAAGAGACUUUCUCUCUCCAAUAAACCUUUUGCUUCAGGGUAUACUCUUGGGUUUUUUUCCAGGUAUAUUAUGUAUGAACUUUGUACUAUGUAUAGCCAGAGUUUUAUUUAUUUUUUAAAAAAGGAAACCUUUUCUUGAUAAAGGAAUAAUGGUAGCCUAGCUUGUUCUUCUUGUAAAAGUGACGCCUCUUAAAAAAGAGUCCUACUCUCUAGCUUUUAGUGAAAGAACCAGAUCUUUUCUUUCUUGUUACCUUGGAGUCUUAAAAACUGAUUGCUAAGGUAAAACAAUUAGAUAUGUAAGUGUGGAGUUAAGUGCCUUUUAGAGGAUUUUUUUGGAAGAGCAUGUAAGAAGAUACUUAAGGGAGGUAGCAAGGAUUUGGACAACCUGCCUUCCUAAGUAAGGGCAGAAAGAUUGUCCAGGUUGUACUGGACACUUCCCUCCCCAACCCUUUCCUGAUUGUUGUAUGUGACUGAUUUUAAAUUCUCACACUGCCACCUCUUUUUAAAAAAAAAUACCCCUUUCCUAUAGCAGCCGUCAUACUGGGCCAUUGUCAGAAAACUUUUUUUUUUUUUU